AUGUAUCUCGCUCGUCCGGUACAGAUGGGCCAGCGUAGUCUGGCUCGUGAUACAUCAAAACCGCGAGCACCACCACCUCUACCAGCUGCACCUCCACCACCUGAAUUACCACAAAAGUUGAAAUCGAAGUCGAAACCAGCUCCUCAGUUGGUAGCUGUAAAGCCUGUAUUUGAUCGAGACAAGCUAUUAGAUGAAGUUCGCUGUGGCGUACAAUUGAGGCAUACUUUUACUAAUGAUAAAAGCGCUCCAACUGGCGUUGGACGUGUACGAAGUGGUGGCUAUUCGCCUCCGCUUGAUUCCGUCGCUUCCACUUCUGCGCAUAACAAUCGACCGGAUGCUAAAAAACCGGUUUUUUAUGGAAAAAAUUCAGAGAAUACGGAUGUGCCGCCGGUACCAUUAGCACCACCACCUCCAAAAGCACCUCCACCUGCAGCUUUACUAAAACUUGGCGGUAAUGCUAAUUUUGAUCGUGAUAAAUUGCUCAACGAAAUUCAUGGUGGUGUAAAAUUACGCAAAACUGUAACAAAUGAUCGAAGUGCUCCUAUUGGUGCCGGAACUGUCCGUAAUGAUUUAAGCCGUACAGCAUCUCCCAUUCCAGAAACAUUUGUAUUAUCAAACUCAACCACACAUCUUGACGUUUCAUCUGUUCCACCACCGCCUGUACCAUCUCCACCUUCACCGGAUUCCUUAUCAUCCCAUAUACAGCCGAAUAAAAUCGUGAAACCAAUCACAAAUCCGGCACUAUUGAAACUUGGGGGUAAACAGCCGAUAAAUCGUGAUGCACUAUUAGCAUCAAUACGUGGUGGUGUUAAGUUACGUAAAGUGGAAACUAACGAUCGUAGCUCACCGUUUCCAAUCAGCCGUAAUACAUCACCAGAUCGACACGUUCCAGUGGAAUCUGUCAUGUCACCACCUCCACCUCCAUUACUUGUGCCACCACCACCUCCUAUUCCGUCCGCAGAAUCUAUCCGACGAUCACGUUCUCCGAAACCAGCACUGAUGAAGUUAGGUGGUAAAGUUACCGUGGAUCGUGAUGAGUUAUUACGUUCCAUACGACAGGGUGUUAAAUUGAGGAAAACGGUUACAAAUGACAAAAGUUCCGCAAUAAUCAAUGAUGAUGAUUCCGGUGUAAGGUCACCAGGGAGGUCAUCACCUUCCACUUCAAAUUAUGAAGAUGAUGUUUAUGGUAGCCAAAGUCUGAGUGAUCUAUCCAGUAUUGGUACCUCAAGGUUUAGCUCCCUUUCAAAUAUUCCUCCUGAACGAUCGAACGACGUAUACUUUGCUUCACCAGCACCAGUUGUUCCAGAAACUGCUGUCGGAAUAGGUGCCACAUCACAUCCUAGCUCAUCCUCUACAAAAUCACCACUAAAUAGGCUACCAUUGAUUAAUGUUAGCAUUGAUGUCGUAAAUUAUGAUGAUGUUGAGGAAGAAUAUGAACCAGAAACGAUAACACUUCAAAUAUCCGGAAAACGAAAAGCUGAUGAAUGCUAUUCGUCACCGAUACAAACUCGUAAACAAAUUGAAGCUGAAAUUCCCGCUGGUUCAGCUCGUGAUCGAAUUAAAAUGUUUGGUGGUACUGAACGAGAAGCAUCAUAUAGUCCUGUACGAAGCUUAAAUAGAUCAAACAAAUUAGAUGGAGAAAUAGACAAUAACAAUCAUGAAUUUGGUAUUUCUCGGAGAAGAAAAAUUUUUGAUGACACAACCACGGAACAGUCAUCUGUGUCUGUUCCAUCAAAACAUAACGAGGAGCAAGAACGAACGGGAGUAGUAAUUGGAAAUGAAAGUAGUAUUCGAAGAAUGGUUCGUAAAUUUUCCACCGAUGAUGAUCCCAACAAAUCUUCCCAACCUAUUUGGUGUCAAAAAAAAGAGGAAAAAACUAUUGUAAGCGAGAAAAAAAUAUCAACGGAAAAGCAGAAAGCCUCAAAUACCAAAAAUACCGUGAGAAAAAAAACAGGUACAAAAGGAUCAAAAUUACGACGAAAAUCAUCUAUUAAAAAUGAACAAUUACCGGUAGUAAGUGGAACAACGAAAAAAACUUAUGUAGCUUCAAUGAAACUGAAAGAAAAUUCACCGGAACUAUCCGAUGAAGCAGAGGAAAAAGAAGUAGCAGAAGGACAAAAUAAUCCUUUACGUGCUAUGCCAAAAGUUGAUAUCUCAAAAUUUAAGGAACGUUUCGAAAAUCCACCGGAAGUAUGUUUAUCAGCAACCGAUGAAACAAUCAAACCGGGUCGCAUUAAGAAACCAUCAUGGAUUAAGGAUGAUGCUUCAGAGCCAUCUCCAUUACUAUCUGUUGCACGUAAAAAUGACGAAUCAUCACGAUCAUCAUGGAAAAAGAAUACUGAAUCAGAUUCUACCGGCAAAUCCUCACUUGUGAAGCAAAAAUCAUCGGAUCAUGAAGAAUCCACAAAGUCAACAACAGCAACAACAACAGCAACAACAACAACAACAGCAACAACAACAACAACAACAACAACAAACGGUACAACUGGUAAUAUAAAGAAGAUUGGAUCAGGUUUUAAAAAGAAUGAUAAAGUACCACCGGUAUCAUCAUCAUCAUCAUCAUCAUUAUCACCAACAAAAUCAUCCAAAAAAGAUACGGUGCAUGCAUCAGUGGUGGAAGAUGAAACCAUGGUACCACCAAGAGAAGGUGUUGGACCGUAUCGUUAUACGCGAAAAAUCAGUGGUGCAGAUAAAAAACCAAUAGUGAAGAAGAAUUCGAUUAAUUCAAAGCAAACUUCUACAUUUAAUUGUGGAAAUUUACUAAAUUCGGUACCAAAACCAUUUGGAACUAAUCUUACCACAACCGGUCAAACAACUACCAUUGGUGUAGAUGCUAAUUGUAACUUUGUUACAAAGAAUAAAGUUCAAUCAAAAGCAGUAAUAGGUCGAGAACGCGACGAAGCGUUUGGUGACAAAACGACAACUCCUAUUAAUGCUAAAACAACAACUGCUAAAACACGAAAAAUGAGUAAGUGA